GCGGAGGGCGCGAGGGCGCUGGGUCUGCCUGGACUGUGGGCGGGGCGCGCACAGCCCGGGAAAAGCGGUAAAUGGCGGCGGCGAGCGCGGGCCGCCCGGCCGCCCUGCAGCGGAAGGCGCCGACGGCCGCUGGCAGAGGGCGCAGGAUAUUGGGAGUGUGUGGCAUGCAUCCUGACCAUCAGGAAGCACUAAAAAAGAACCGAGUGGUGCUAGCCAAACAGCUGUUGCUGAGUGAACUGUUAGAACACCUCCUGGAGAAGGACAUCAUCACCUUGGAAAUGAGGGAGCACAUUCAGGCCAAAGUGGGCGGCUUCAGCCAAAAUGUGGAACUUCUCAACUUGCUGCCCAAGAGGGGUCCCCAGGCUUUUGAUGCCUUCUGUGUGGCCCUGAGAGAGACCAAGCAGGGUCACCUGGAGGAUCUGUUGCUCACAACCCUCUCUGGUCUUCAGCAUGGACUCCCACCGUUGAGCUGUGACUACGACCUGAGUCUCACCUUCCCGAUGUGUGAGUCCUGUCCCCCUCAGAAACAACUUCGCCUGUCUCCAGAUACUGUGGAACACUCCCUAGACAACGGAGAUGGUCCUCCUUGCCUUCAGGUGAAGCCUUGCACUCCCGAGUUUUAUCAAACACACUACCAGCUGGCUUAUAGGUUACAGUCUCGGCCUCGUGGCCUGGCACUGGUGCUGAGCAAUGUGCACUUCACUGGAGAGAAAGACCUGGAAUUUCGCUCUGGAGGGGAUGUGGACCACAGCACUCUGGUCACCCUCUUCAAGCUCUUGGGCUACAAAGUCCAUGUUCUACUUGACCAGACUGCACAGGAAAUGAAAGAGAAACUCCAGAAUUUUGCCCAGUUGCCUGCCCACCGUGUCACUGACUCCUGCAUUGUGGCACUUCUCUCUCAUGGCGUGGAGGGAGGCAUCUAUGGUGUGGACGGCAAACUGCUUCAGCUUCAGGAAGUUUUUCGGCUCUUUGACAAUGCCAGCUGCCCAAACCUACAGAACAAGCCGAAAAUGUUCUUCAUCCAGGCCUGCCGUGGAGAUGAAACCGACCGUGGGGUCGACCAGCAAGAUGGAAAGAACCACACGGGAUCCUCUGAGUGCGAGGAGAGUGACGCCAGCAAAGAGGAGUUGCUGAAAACCCGACUGCCCACACGCUCAGACAUGAUCUGUGGCUAUGCCUGCCUCAGAGGGACUGCUGCCAUGCGGAACACCAAACGGGGUUCCUGGUACAUUGAGGCCCUCACUCAAGUGUUCUCCGAGAGGGCUUGUGACACGCACGUGGCCGACAUGCUUGUGAAGGUGAACGCACUCAUCAAGGAGCGUGAAGGCUAUGCCCCCGGCACUGAGUUCCACCGCUGCAAGGAGAUGUCUGAGUACUGCAGCACUCUGUGCCGGCACCUCUACCUGUUCCCAGGACACCCUCCCACGUGAUGCCGUCCCCACCGCCCUGCCACAUGGAGACUGCUGGACCAUUGGAGGCCUGAUGGAGCCUCUUUUCUUCCGAUGCACGGUUUCUGUUCUCCCUCAGGGAUUGGGAGUCUCUCAGGCUUGUGGAGUAUGCCUGUCAUCUCUGCCUUGUCGUGCAGGACCACAGGCCAGCUCCUCCUGUGAAAGCUCCCUUCCUGUAGAGCCAGGUCUGGCUGGACCGCUUGUCAGGAGUGUUUGGCUGCUGUAGAGGAGCCUGGCCAACAAUAUAAUGAACACAGUGUCUUUAUGGGGAGAGGGCCUGUGGGUUUCCCUCACUGUUUGCAUUCGGUUCCUGCCCCCAAGGCUUUUGUAGACCGGCACUUUGGUAAUUGUUUUUAUUACAUUAGCUAAGAUGUUUCAGAGACCAUCUCCUGUCUUUUGUUUCUUCCCUAUUCAAACCCCAUUUAUACCAGACUGAGUGUUUGGAAGGUGUCCUGAUUCAGCGUAGGCAUUUUUUGUUUAGUCUCAGAACAAAUGGGACUGGCGGCAAGGUGCCACCAAGGGCGUGGUGGUGACCUGUGUGCCCCCUUGCGGUACCACAAGGCCACCCAGUGGAAGGCAGUGUUGUCCGCUCCACUCUCAGUUCCUUUGGGCUCUAGGAAUCCAGCCUCUCAGCAGAGUUUACAGCAUGGACACCUUGUACCUGGAACUCACUGAUCUUUGCCUGGGGAAGUUCCAAAGAUCUUCUAAUCAGUUAUUCUCUCUCUGAGCUUUGUUACUGAAGUGAACCUCAGCAGAGAGUACUAGUGGAGGCAGAUAAAAGUGAUACUCUUCCUCAUACCUUGUAACCUGUCACCUUAUCUUUUGCUUCCUCUGAAGUGUCUUUUUC